AGUUUUGCGCACUCGUCUGCAGCAUUGUUUUGGUCCGAUCUAGCAACUCACGUCGACUAUCAACCAAUCGAUGAAUUGUCGAUAUGAUAGUGUAAAAUACCCGUCGAAUCCCCAUAUACAAUACAACCGGCUGGCUUAAAAAGCGACUGGGGAUCUUAUGCGAGUGGCUUGAUUAGCGGACAAAGUCGUGUGUUCGGCGUGUACAGGUGCGAGUGUUAUUCUGUGCGAUUUAACGAUCUGCUACUACGGAUCAAAGACGAUUUACUUCAGUUGGCUGACCGCUCUCGUACGAGCAUCUCAAGAGAGAAGCUACGAUGCCGGCUGAGAAUCUUCAAGAUGAGUCGUUAGAAAAGAACCCUAACUUGGACUUAGCACAAUGGAAAUACAGUCUGCAAUAUCACGAACCGGCGAAUCAGAAACUCAAACAGGAUCUACUCGACGCCAUCAACAAAGACGACAUGGCGCCGUUCUACGAGCAGUGUUGCCGCGACCUAGGCUGGCCUGUAGAAAACAAGCUGAUGGAUAAAUUAAAGCAGGCUAACAAGGCCCAAUUGGAAAAACUGGACGGAGCCAUAGCUGAUGCGGAGAAGAACCUUGGUGAAAUGGAAGUCCGUGAGGCAAAUCUGCGAAAGGCUGAAUACCUUUCACGAAUUGGUGACAAGGAGGCAACGCUAACACAAUUCCGCAAAACCUUCGAGAAAUCUGUCUCCGUUGGUCAUAAAUUGGACCUCCUAUUCCACCAGAUCCGUGUUGGCCUUUUCUAUUUGGACCACGAUCUUGUUACACGGAAUAUUGACAAGGCCAAAGCCCUCAUCGAGGAAGGUGGCGACUGGGAUCGCCGAAACAGACUCAAAGUGUACCAGGCAUUCUACUCGUUAGCGAUCCGGGAUUUCAAGACAGCGGCUAGCCUUUUCUUAGACACCGUGUCGACGUUCACCUGCUACGAACUCAUGGAUUACAAGCAGUUCGUCACGUACACAGUACUUUCAACGAUACUAGCACUCGGUCGGACUCAGCUUCGGGAAAAAGUCAUUCGAGGGUCAGAAAUUCUGGAAGUUUUACAUGGGCUGCCUGACAUCAAAGAGUAUCUCUUCUCGCUGUAUCAAUGUCAAUAUGCAACCUUCUUCCGUAGACUUGCGAUGGUUGAAGGAAUGAUGAAACGUGACCGCGUUCUAAGUGCUCACUACAGAUUCUACGCACGUGAAAUGCGCAUCCUUGCAUAUACCCAACUGCUUGAAAGCUAUCGAUCCUUGACAUUACAAUACAUGGCACAAGCGUUCGGUGUAUCUGUGAAUUUUGUUGAUCAAGAGUUGGCUCGAUUUAUUGCCGCAGGCCGUCUCCAUUGUAAAAUAGACAAAGUUAACGGUAUCGUCGAGACCAAUCGACCUGAUAGCAAGAAUUACCAGUAUCAGGCGACCAUUAAGCACGGCGACGUUUUACUCAACAGAAUACAGAAGCUAUCACGGGUGAUCAAUAUCUAAGUGGUUUAUUACGUCAUCCUCAUAGAUGAGAUACGAUCCGACGUCGUGAACUAUAAGUCUGCCAAGUAAAAAUGAACGAUAAAGAAUCCCGUGUUUUUUGUGCACGAAAAGAUGUGCCCUGAUGGCCUAAGUUCGAUCCUUCUUUAGAGAAGCGCGUAUACGGAAGCGUGCGCUGUAGCGCGCACGAAAGUCGGAUAUGUAAUUCGGGCAUCCAAAAAUAAAAGAAUCGACGGCGAAAGUUUUUGUCAAGUAUGUGACUUAGAAGUUAAAAGCGUCGGUGAAUUGACUUGGAAAAUGUCAAAAGUUGCCUACACGGUAAAGUAUAAAGACUCUAUAAUCACGCCGGGUUGCUGAAAUAAACUGUGUCUUUUAAUAUUUUUGA